CAACAACAUCAACAGCAGCAACAGCAUCAGCAGCAGCAACAUCAACAACAUCAACAGCAGCAACAACAUCUUCGUCGUCGCCGCCGCGCAUAGCCGUGUCGAGCUCUGUGCUGUAUGUGCCGGCUGAAGCGGAGCACACCACCACAUUCCCACCGCUGUACGCAACACGAAUGGCAAACACCGUAUCCGCCCACGCACGCACGCAGCCGGCGACGAACAUCAACACCAGCGCCAACACCAGCGCCAACACGAGUGGGAACGCUAACAGCAGCAGCAACGGCCCUGGAAGUGGAAGUGGAGGUGGAGGUGGAGGCACGGGUCGCCACGUAAGCAACACGCAUGCAACAACAACAGCAACGACAACAGCAACAACAGCAACAACAGCAGCAGCGACAACAGCAAACGCAAUGUCAGCGGGAAUGGGUCAAGGUGUGACCCAGGGUAACACAUCCACGGCGGCCCCGGCAGUUGGUGCCGCAACCACCACGGCCAGCACCAGCACGACAGCAACUAGCAACAACACCACCACGACGACCACGGCCACGACCACAGUCAGUGGCGUGGCUCCCGGCACACUGGACGACGGGCAGCUGGUGGGGGCGGCGGUGCAACCACCACCAACGACUUCAGCAGCAGUAACAAUGAUGAGCACGGCAACAGGCGCGCACGAUGGCCACGACGCGACAACAGGCACCAGUGGUGAUGGUAGUGGUGGUGAUGGUGGACAUGUGGUCAUGGACCUGCUCCCAGACAGGGAAGACAACGCUCGCCAAUGAUGUGCAUGUGCGGGUGUGUGUGUGUGUGUGUGUGUGUGUGUGUGUGUUUGGAAUGGCAUGGCUGUUUUGGACUGAGACAAGAGAGGUUUUACUUCUCAUCACACGGCCACAACACGACAACAGUGCGAGAAUAAACGAACACAGCGAC